UGUUAUCUUAUGGUGGCCUCAAGUGUCAAUGGUUUGUGUUUGAACUUGUUUUAUUACUAAUCUUCCGAAACUCGAACAUGCUUUGGUCGAGUGAAAAAUGAACACAGCUAGUUUAAACGAGUCGAACUGGGACCUGCCUUAAUGUGUUUUCCGAACAUGUGUUCGUGUUCUAGCUUUGUUCAUCAUGUCUAUGGACCUGAUUGAGUGCAAUUAUGAACUUGGUUCCAACCAAAUUAUGAGCCUUUAGCAAUUUAUGUGUUCAUUUUACACUUGCAUCAAUUUCACAAGGUUUUUUUCAAAAUCAGAAACGCAUUAGAAACUGUGUACAUCUGAUAUAUUAUUGCCUUCAAGUUUAAAAAUUAACUGUCAUUGACAUGUAUUUAUUAGGACAGCAAAAUCGUGGCUGGAUCACACCAUAUAUGGGUCCGUCAAAAUCAAAAUACAAAUAAGAUGAGAUCUCUAUUCCACCAGUCAACUGAAGAUAAUUCUUGUAAAAAUGCAUUUAACUUGUUUAGCAACUUUGGUAUAUUAUAUUGUUUCAAUGUCCAAACAAAAAGAUGGGAAUAUAACAAUCAUUAUUGCAACGUGAAAAUAUAUCCUUAAGCAUAUAAAAACAAAUUCAAUAGUCUUUUCAGUUCAAAAGGAAGAGUUAACAAAUAUUGUCGAAUUGGUGACCAUAAUAAAUUAAUAAUAGGUGGUUUUAAAUUUAUAUGAUAAAAUCGGUAAAUUGCAUUAUAAAGGUCUACAUCAAAUUAUUAAAUUAUAAUUGAAAGAAGCGGCCAGGAAUGUUGCUGUCGGUGGUGGUUCAUGUGGAAAUGGACGGGUUACAGCAUAACCGGCGAAGGAGUUGGAUCUGUAACAUAAAUGAGUUCCUUUUUGUCCAUCAGACAGAUGCUCUUUCUGAUGCUUUGUUGAUAGGGAUGUAUAUUAUGGCUUGUUAUGUGCCUUCUUUAUUUGGGUUCAGUUGUGUUCUUAGUUCUUACCUUUUGGUCUAUCAGUACUUUAGCCCUUUUCUUCUUCUUCUUUUCUUGUACCUUUGUUGGCCCAUAGAUCUGAAUGUGAAAAAGGAGGGAAUUUUGAGGAUGAAGGAUAAAAAGAGUCCCAAUAACAAAGAAAAGGUCCGCUCUGCAAGGCCUGACACACGGGAUCGUAGGCCACAGGAGAAGAAUGGCGGCAGAAACCCAAAAGCUAGACAGAAUAACACCAAACCACCACAUGAAAAAGUGAUCAGCAACAUGUUAGUCAACGAGACGAAAGCUGCCGUGGAUCCACCUCAAGUUGACAAAAAUACGCUCAUAAUUUGUGUGGAUGAUGAUACUAGAAUACCUAAAGUAGAUGAGAAACAAGGCAAUGAAAAAUCAAAUGAAAAUUCUAGUGAUAUGGAGAUUGCCGAUGAAUCUGAUGCCGAGACUGCUAAUGAUUCAUUCUCUUCUCUAGGGGAUUCACAAACUGGUGAUGAUGAGAGGCCAGAAAAGGCUGAUCCUGCUGUGAUGCUGGAUAACAAAGACCCCUCUGAUGGCCAUACACAUGCACCCAGAUCGAAACCUGAGAACAAAUCAAGUAAUGUGCAGGACAAAUCAUCAGAAGAGUUGCCAAAGGAAAGCACUAAAGCUGAAAUAACGGGGAUUUCUCUGCUGGCCCCCAAGAUUUCCAUUGAUAAUUUGAAAAACAUGAAAGUCCAUCCGAAACCAAUAUCGGAUUUGUCUGAAGAUGCCAAUGGCCGAGUAAUUGGUGAGGCUCCCAAUGGGAUUAACAGUGUUUGUGGUAAUGAAGACGCAGUCAAUACAAUGCAAACUGACACACCUGCUUUAGACCAAAAGGUUGAGGAAAUGGAAAACAGGAUAAAGAACCUUGAAACCGAACUAAGAGAAGUGGCUGCGCUUGAAAUUUCUCUCUAUUCUGUGGUGCCCGAGCACGGUAGCUCGGCACACAAGGUGCAUACACCCGCAAGGCGCCUUUCUAGGCUCUAUAUCUAUGCUUGCAAAUAUUGGUCCCCAGACAAGCGAGCUACUGUGGCUAGAAACACUGUCUCUGGGCUUGUUACCGUUUCAAAGUCAUGCGGCAAUGACGUGUCCAGGUUGACUUUUUGGUUGUCCAACACUGUUGUGUUGAGGGAAAUCAUAUCUCAGGCUUUUGGAAGUUCCUGCCAGUCCAGUGCCUUAACGAAAAUAUUCGAGUCGGGUGGAGGCGAAACAAGGUCUUCCCAGCUUAAACCGAAGACCAGUAUUGGGAGCAGACAGUCAAAAAAGCAGAGCUUCUUCCAGUUUGUUGAUGAUUGGCAAGAAACAAGAACUUUCACAUGUGCCUUGGAGAAAGUCGAAUCAUGGAUAUUUUCACGGAUAGUCGAGUCCAUAUGGUGGCAGACUCUGGCGCCCAAUAUGCAAUCACAUGCUGGUAAUUCCAUGUCAAAAAACUGUGCUGAGAAGUUGCUGGGCCCACCCCUUGGUGAUCAAAAACAAGGAAACUUCUCCAUUGAUCUGUGGAAUAAUGCCUUUCACGACGCUAUCAAAAGACUUUGUCCUGUUCGAGCCGGGGGGCAUGAAUGUGGUUGCUUACCUGUGCUAGCAAGAAAGGUGUGUAAGUUUAAUAAUGGUAUUACCCUUUGCCAGGCCUGCUCCAUGGAUGUAGGUUCUGUGAUGGAACAAUGUAUUGGAAGGCUAGAUGUGGCCAUGUUCAAUGCUAUUCUCCGUGAGUCGGCCUAUGAGAUUCCCACUGAUCCCGUAUCUGAUCCAAUCUUGGAGUCCAAGGUUUUGCCUAUACCUGCUGGGGAUUUGAGUUUUGGAUCCGGGGCUCAGCUUAAAAAUGCUGUCGGCAAUUGGACAAGAUGGUUGUCUGAUAAUCUUGGCAUGGAUUCUGACGAGAAGAAUAGCCUUGAUGAUGAUCAGAGGAUUAGUGAGGAACCCAAAACCUUCCCUCUACUCAACUCCUUGAGUGAUCUCCUCAUGCUUCCCAAAGAUAUGCUUAUGGAACGAACGAUAAGACUGGAGGUAUGUCCAUUAAUCAGUCUCCCAUUGGUUAAGAGGAUACUUUGCAACUUCUCUCCCGAUGAGUUCUGUCCGGAUCCUGUUCCUGGUGCUGUGUUAGAAGCUGUCAAUGCUGAGUGCAUCAUGGAGCGUAGAUUAUCGGGAGACACUCCCAUUAGCUUCCCUUUCCCAGCUGCUCCAGUCGUGUACACAGCCCCUUUCCCAUCCGACAUAUCAGAGAAAGUUGCUGAGGCGGAUGAAAAUCCUCGGUUGUCACGAAAUCAAUCAGCCGUGCAGAGGAAAGGGUACACCAGUGAUGACGAGCUGGACGAGCUGGAGUCUUGUCUCAGUUCUGUUAUCGACAAGCCACCUCAGUCCCCCACUGCUGUUGUAAGAGGCGCAAAAACGGCUUAUGGUUGGGCAAACGCUAGGUAUGACCUUCUUCGUGAGGUCUGGCAAACCAUAUAAUACUUACUAGUGUGUGUUCUAUGGUUAAUACGGUUAAUGUGAAUGAAAAAUUGUAGAGAAAUAUUUCAUUACUGUGUACAUUUCUAUUGGAAGAAGGAAAUCACAUGUGAGAGACUGUUCACAUAAAAGAUUUGGCGCUAUAAUUUUUGUUUUUUUAAAUUUAUUUAUUUUGAAAUUAAAAAUUAAUUUCAAUAGAGUGCUUGG